AUGAACUCUAAUGGUGAUGGAUGGGUGUCGUUCACCGCGAUGGAUAUCACUCCCAGUCCGAACAAUAAUGGCAAAUAUUUAUUGGUCUCUACCGACGAUGAAAGCGGUAGAAUAAUCUUAUUUAGAACAUUCAAUGACCACAACAGCAUUAUAAAAGAUGAGAUCAAUGCGAAUCACUCUUUGAUCCAACUUGCAAACUUUUACGAUGAAUUCAUUCCUUUCACCAAUGAUUCACACUCCUCUUCUCUGUCCCGAAAGCUGACGAACCCACGUGUUCUUUGGCACCCGUCCGGUAACUUCUUCUACUCUUACGGUGUAGAUUCAAUUAUUCGUGUGUACUCUUUGCGUACAAAAAAACUAAUUGAUCAAGUCAGAGGACAUAAUGAUGUGGUGAGAGGAAUGUGGUAUGAUGAUGAAAGGGAUUUGUUGAUUACGUGUGGAUUCGAUAAAUGUGUCAAAGUUUGGUGUAGCGAUGAGUUCUCCAGCAAGGAAUUGAUCAAGGGGCUAAGGGACGAAGAGGAGGAAAGGAUGAUGUUGGGAUCGAGAAGAAAUACCAUUGUGUAA